AUGGAGGGUGCCCGACUGAGACGGAGGUGGACCAUAACAGCUGCACUGCUGGGCUUCCUGCCCUUGACCUUUCUUCUCCCAGGGGCUUUUGCCUUACAAUGUCAUAGCCAUUCCUUCAUUCAACCAGUUUUUGGAGAGAAGAUUAAUUAUGAAUUGUCGGUGACCUCCAGCCUCCUUGCCAACUGCUUGGCCAGCCAAACUGCAUGUGUGGAAGCACAUCUUUUGCUCAGUACAGAAAAAAUGGGUAUGUUAGUUACUCACAGAGGCUGCGCCAAUGAGGGACUUAAAGACCAGGCAGAAUCUGCCACCUCCAGUGAUCGGCACCUCACUAUUCGUUCCAGUGUGCUCUAUUGUCACAGUGACCUUUGCAAUAAGAACCUGACUGACCUUAAUGUCUUCAAGAUGCCCAGACAGGCUAAAGCACCUGAAGCCAGCAGCUCCAACCAGUGCUACUCUGGCUUCACGAUGGACCCCAACGAAGACAUCCUAGACAGAGUAACGUGCGGAAGGGACUACACCCAGUGCUACCAUGGCAAUGGCACCAUAACAGCAGGAAACCUUGCUGUGGACUUCUCCAUCAAGACCUGCCAGCGCCCAUCCUGCGACGUUCCUGAGAGCCAGUCCUUUGGCCCCAUAGAGUUGAAGCAGUGGGGCUCCUGUUGCCACGGAAUCUUUUGCAAUGGGAAGGGGGCUGCCCCUCAGAAACAGAAUAUCACCAAAGCAGAUCCCACCCAGGACACAUCCACGCCUCAUGAGGAAGAGCCCGUCACUCAAACAACAGAUUUCACCAAAGAUGACAUUGUGAACGUCACCCAAAACACUUUUCCGGACUACGAAUCGACUAUCAAGACGACGACGACGUCUCCCCAGAAUCCGUUGUACGAUAGUGAGGAAAAUGAGGAUUAUUUCUCCAUAUUGCCAGAUGGCACGAAUGACACACUAAAUCCACGCGGCGCAAAGAGUUUGGGUCCCCCAAAGUCCAGCCUUUCAUUUUACCUUCUGGUGGUGGCCCUGGGGAUCGCGAUCCUUGGGCUAUGGUGA